CGACGUUUUUCUAUUUUUCCAGGACACGCCAUGGAGAAACCCUCAAAGGAUCGUCUCACUUUAUCUCCAGGUUGUAAAAUGGAAGAUGAGGACAUCACAGGAGAUUGUGGAGGAGAAAAGACAAUGAGCUCCACUAUGGAUGGAGGACUUCACAGUGUGGAUAGACCAUGGAAUCCCUCUGACUCCGAGCAAACUUGUACUGUGAGAGGUGGGGCUGGGAUUCAGAGGGAGAGAAAAUUUUCCUGCCCUGAUUGUGGGGAAAUUUUUACCUCUGAAGUAAGCCUUACCGUACAUCAGAGAUUCCACACGGGUGAGAAGCUUCAUUGCUGUUCUGAGUGCGGAAAAUGUUUUCUUCAUAAAUCAAAGCUUGACAUACAUUACAGAUCCCAUACGGGGGAGAAGCCAUUUUGCUGUACUGAGUGUGGAAAAUGUUUCUCACGGAAGUCCUGUCUUUCCAUACAUCACAGAUUGCACAAGGGGGAGAAGUUGUAUUCCUGCCCUGACUGUGAAAAAGUUUUUUCCCAGAAGACCCAUCUCUCCAGACAUCAGAGACUGCACACAGGCGAAAAGCCUUAUGCCUGCCCUGAGUGUGGGAAAUGUUUUCCAUGGAAAUCAGACCUUGCCAUACAUCAAAGAUCUCACACGGGGGAGAAGCCGUAUUCUUGCCCUGAUUGCGGGAAAUGUUUUUCAGGCAAGACCAGUCUUACCCAACAUCGGAGGUCUCACACGGGGGAGAAGCCGUUCACCUGUUCCGAGUGUGGGAAAUGUUUUUCCAGGAAGUCUAUUCUUACCUCCCAUCAAACAUGGCAUACGCAAAAAAAGCUGUUUUCCUGCCCUGAGUGCGGGAAAUGUUAUUCACGGAAAUCUGAACUUGUCAAACAUCAAAAAUCUCACAACAGGCCAGAAACUGUAUUCGUGUUCUGAGUGCUGGAAAUGUUUUUCAUGGUAGUCUUGUCCUACUCCUAUCAGACAUCAGAGAACCCACAUAACCCUCGAUGUGAUUUAGUGUCCUCAGUGCAGGAAAUGUCUUCUAUAUGGAUCAUAUUUGGCCGUACAUCAGAGAUCUCACACUGGGAAGAAGCUCACCUUGAUAUACACCUCAGAAAACACGUGGCUGAGCGCUCCUCUGAUCUUUAUCAUGGAAGAAACACUUUAUAAGGAAAU